AUAUAAGAAGAAGAAGAAGCAGCAGUGUUGCAAUAAUAUUAAGAGGAAUGGUGCUGAUUCUGAAGAAGGUGCUGCUAAUUCUGAUGGUUGUGGUGGUGCCCUCUCCUUUCACAUAAUUAUUGAUAAUUUUUCCUUUCUCUCUGAUUCAUUCUUCUCUUUCUUUCUUUCUCUGAAAAGUAUCUAUCUCUCUCUCUAUCUCUGUUCUUCCUUUGUUGGGAUCUAUUAUAAUUUCUCUUGCUCUUUAUCUUUCUCAUUGAUUAGUCCGCCUCUGUCUUGGGUUUGUGACUUGUUGAGGGGCAUCUUUCAUCAAAGCUUGUUAUGUGCUAGCAGUGUUUAUUGUUCUUUCACCCUCCACAUUGCUUCAAUCUCUUCUCAAUAUAACUUCUCCAAUUUCCAUCACCCUAUACAUUAUUCCAUUCACAGCCUCUCCUCUCUUCUAUAUCAUCAUCAUCAACAAUUCGCAAUCUACAAUCUGCAAUGGCAGUUCAAGCUCAGUACCCUUCCAAUAUUCUAUUCCUUAACAGAAACGCACAAGAAGGGCAUGAUUAUUCAUUACAAGCGCAAGAAGGAUUGUACCUUGAUCAAUCCCACAUGCUAUUCAGCAAUGGUGUAGGAGGCAAUAGUACUAAUCAGCGCAAGAGAGGAAGAGAAACUUCAGUUGCCACUGAAAUCACAACUCCAAUGAUUCCCUUCUCUUUGCAACAGUCCCAACCUCCUCAACUCCACAAUCACAACCACAACCACCACCAAAACCACCCCAAUGUCGUUUCCACCGGCCUCCGAUUAUCUUUCGGAGACCAACAACAACAACAACAGCAACAGUUGCAACAACAUCAUCACAAUCAACAACAGCGGGAUUGUCACUCUGCUUCAUCUUUGUUCUCUGUUUGGUCGGAGGACUUUGCCUCCCAAAUUAAACAACAGAGGGAUGAAUUAGACCAGUUCCUUCAAACCCAGGGGGAACAACUACAGCGCACAUUAGCAGAGAAGCGGCAGCGGCACUACCGUGCGCUGCUGGGCGCCGCUGAGGAUUCUAUUUCCCGUAAAUUGCGAGAGAAAGAGGCAGAGGUCCAAAAGGCCACGCGCAGAAACGCUGAGUUAGAAGCACGCGCCGCCCAGCUCUGCGUGGAGGCCCAGAUAUGGCAGGCCAAGGCGCGUGCGCAAGAGACCACAGCCGCGUCGCUACAGGUUCAAAUCCAACAGGCCAAGGCAAUGAUGAGUGCCGGGUUCCAAGUGGCGGGUGAGCAGGAUAGCAGGAGGGUAGAUGAUGGGCUAACAUGCGCCGAAAAUCAGGCAGAGGACGCCGAGUCGGCGUACAUGGACCCGGAACGCGCCACCGCGUCGGGACCGAGUUGUAAAGCGUGUCGGAAGCGAGUGGCGUCGGUGGUGCUGUUGCCGUGUCGGCACCUAUGCCUCUGUACGGAGUGUGACCAGAUGGUUCAGUCCUGUCCAUUGUGCCUCACGUUGAGAAAUUCGAGUGUGGAAGUCUUUCUUUGCUAGGCCCAAGCCCAGAGCUAGGAGCCCAAGCCCGACGGUUUUACCAAUUUGAACAAAAAAAUAAAAGGAAAACAAAUAAUAUUGCCCGAUAAAUUUUUAUUUUUUUAUUUUUUUAAAUUUCUCCAUGAUUUUUUUGGUUCCCCUCUCUUGGAGUGAACUUACCAAGAGGUAAUGUACAUGGCCACGUGGGUAAGUGGCAUUGGUUCUUUAUUUCUCUUUUAUUAAAUUUUAUUCACACUAGCCUUUUUACAUGUACCUACACCCGUGUAAAAAUUCAUAAUUUUUUCUAUUAUUCUCGCACAGUUUUUGGGUAGUUUUACUUUUAGUUUUGUGUCUAAAUUACAAUAAUAUAUUUUAUACAUUAAAUUCAGUUUUGUGGAAGUUAAUAAAUU